AUGCCGAUUCAAGAAGACGGCGACCUUAUUAAUAUAUUACUUGAAAGAGGUGUGAAUAAAUACGAUGUUGAGCUUAAAGACUUAAAGACAAAAGAGCUACGGUAUCGAAAAACUAGACAUACGACAAAUACGAAUCCUUAUUGCAUUACAUUGAUUGAUCCAAUAUCUGAUGUAGCUCAUGUCGAGAUACAAGGUCAAAAAAGUAAUUCAAAGUCGAAACAAAUAAUAAUGUUUCAGCCAGAUGAUGAAUUUACAUUCGAUAACACGGGAAAAAUAACUUUCGAGUAUAAAUUCCGAUGGGAGAAUGAAGAAUACUAUUGGCAGAAACGCGGGAAUAUAUUUUCCAAAGAUCUUGAAUGUAAAAUGGUUCAUGAUCCCGAUCCAAGUAUCGGAAUUGCACUCUAUCAACAGAAAUCGAAUACGUUGGGUGUUCUCACAUUAAUGUACUGGAACAUGGACAGAAUUCCGGUAAAUGAUAAGCGCGGAUUGGAAUAUGUGCUUUGUAUCACUAUGCUCGCAUUUUUGGAUGAAUGGGACGAUAAAUUGCUGGGUAAAUCUGUGAGUUUGAUCAAAAAUCAAGAUAAUAAAGUGAAUCUGACGACAGUUGAUUAUCAAUCAACGCCACCUCCCCCACCACCACGUCCUAAUAGUCUCCAUCCUAAUUCAUCACCACAAUUUCAUCAUCAACAACAACAUCCGCCUUCUCCUUCUCCAUCAAUAUCAUCUUAUUCAUCCACUUCUAAUUCAUCUUAUAUCUUAUCACCACCUAAUUCUUCAUAUUCAACAGUAUCUACUACAUAUACUCAACAACCCCAUCAACAUCCGAACCCUUUACCAUCAAUGCCAAUGCCAAUUCAAACUCAACAAUCUCCCGCCAUGAACAUUCAACAACAAUAUCAUCCUAUUUACGCACACGACUCCUCAAUAUCCUAA